GUUAGUCAGUAGGUCAGUGUGUCGGGGUACGUCUAAGUGGUGAGGAGUGGGACGUUGUCGUGCACCUGACACCACAAUGGACGACUAUCCGAUGUAUGGAUUGCUGGUUGGGUUCUCUCUUUGGGGGACCCUCUGGCGCCUCCUCUUUCCUCUGGGUUUCUGGCCCACUUUCACGUGUAGAGUAGGGCCCACUCGUGGUGGUACUUCCACCAGCCCCUACACGAAGGAGGAGGAGGAGAAGAUGGCCGCCAUUCUGCAGGAGAGGAAGGAGAAGAAGGAGGCCAAGAAGAAAGCCUUGAAGGAGGAGCAGGCGGCCAAAUUGAAGAAGAUAGAAGAAGAGAUGGCCAGGGAGAAGGAGAGGCUACAGAAAGAAGAAGAAGAGAAAUUGAAAGAGGUGGAAGAGGAGGAAGAAGAUGAAACGCCACUGCAAAGGAAGAAGGGUCAGCACGGUGGCAGCAGGGAUGAGGAGAUGGAGAAGCGAAUCUCAGAGUGGGUCGCCAACUUGUCCCUGGGUGAAGAGGAAAAGGUUGCUAUGUACAUCCCCAAGGAUGAGCAAGAAGCCGCCAUGAAAAAAUGGGAAGCAGAGGAAGAUGUUCUCACGCGACGGGCGAUGGAGGAUGAACAGAGGAUGGCGUGGAAGCUCGCGAUGAUGAGGGAGAAGAAGAGAAGAGUGGAGGCGGCGAAUGCAGCGAUACAGGAAUUGGAGGAGGUGCAGAAAUUGAGGUUACAAUUGACACCCCAGAUAGAUCUCGAGCGGAAGGUGGAGAUCAUCGCCCAGAGCGUCGAACGUUUAGCCAAGGUGCAAGAAAAGCACUAUGAAUUUAGUCGCAGCCAGGAGAUAUCUGUGCGUUCGAUGCGAACGGGAUUACGGGACUUUGCUCGCGAGUUAGUAGGCGCUGUGGGGUCCGAGGUGAGUCACCGCCUCGAGAAGACUGAGCGUUUUUGUGUCGGCGCCAUUGAGGGCGUCAAGGUGGCAGCUCCCAAGGAGGAGGAGACUCGUCCUCGCAGGGAGCCAGUCAAAGUCAAAUUCCCUGAUUCCUACAGUGGAAAAAGGGACGAGAACUUUGACAAUUGGGAGGCCAAUGUCAGGACCUAUGUGCAUCUGCAACAGGUCUCCCCGGAUCAGCAGGUCCUAAUUGCGAUCCACGCGCUKARRGAUGAGGCCGCKAGUUUUGCAAGGUCCCUUGUUCGUGYUGCCAACUGCAGUGACGAUCCGGUAGCAUACUCCACAUUCACCCCUCUCGUUGAGUUCCUGAAAUUGCUACGCGAGCGAUUUGCUGAUGUCGCUCGUAGUGUUAAAGCGUCAGAUAGGCUGCAGACGAUCCACGCCCGCAAGUGGAAGAGUGCCAGGGCACUCAAGAGUACAAUGGAUGAGUUAGUGGCUGUCCCUGACCAUGGGGUUACGGACACCCAGUUGGUCGGCCUCUUCUACCGGGCCAUACCGGAAGCCCUUCGAGGGCAUUUCUUCGCAAAGAGUGAAGACCCUGCCACUACGUAUGAUUCUCUUAGUCGUGAAGUGGUGGCUUUUGAAGCCAAGUCUGCGUCUGUGUCCACCUUCUGGCACAAAGACUUGGAUAAGGGAAAGCAAUGGAAGGGCCGCACUAUCUCAGGGCAAGUAAAGACCAAGGAUGGUCUUGUCCUAACCUUAGAUGAAGGUAGUGUGGACGAGAUCCCCUACGAUCAGAUUGAGUGGGGGUUGGAGGAAGAGGACAGCGGUGCGAGCCAGGGGAGGACUUACGCUACUGUCGAGGCUGGAGGGAGGCCGCAAGGAGAACGAGAGGAUUACGUAGAGGGAGUCCAGGCGUAUUUCCGCCUAGCGAAGGAUGGGAAAGUGGAGAAGGUCCUCCACUCCCUGACUCUCCUCGUAGAAGACAGCCUCCCAUUCGACAUUGUCCUAGGGAUGGAUUGGGGAGAGGCAGUCGGGGCCACGCUCCAUUUGAAGGAGCACGAAUGUAGGCUCCCUAGUUCUUCAGGCGAGGCUAAGAUUGCCCGCUUGUUCCAUGUGUCAGGAGUAGAGAAUUCCUUGGCGCAUUGUUGCCUUAGUGCCCCCGCGUUCGCCAGGUUGGUGAAAAAGGAGAAACUGGAGGAACAGGUUUUUGUUGCCUAUGUUAGGCCAGUGACGGAGCCUACAGAGGAGAAGUCGAUGGACCCUGUGAUUGCCAAGCUCUUGGAAGAGUUCAAGGAUCUAACUGAGCCGCCGAUAGGAGUGGUACCGUGGCCCAUCCAGCACCGCAUUGAGAUAGAGUCUGGCAGUAGAACUCCUAAGGGCGCGGUGUACAGGAUGUCCCCACGGGAGUUAGAGGAGCUCCGCAAGCAAUUAGACGAGCUCCUCGAGAAGGGUUGGAUUAGGCCCAGUUCGUCUCCCUUCGGAGCGCCUGUUCUCUUUGUUCCUAAGAAAGAGGGAGAGUUGAGGAUGUGCAUAGACUAUAGGGGUCUGAAUGCUAUUACAGUAAAGAAUGCUGAGCCACUGCCUAGGAUAGACGAUCUCUUAGAUCGAGUGCAGGGGGCGAAGUAUUUUUCUAAGAUAGAUUUGAAGUCCGGAUAUCAUCAGAUAGAGGUGCAUCCUGAUGAUCAGUAUAAGACAGCCUUCCGGACUAGAUACGGGCACUACGAGUUCAUAGUGAUGCCCUUCGGACUAACCAAUGCGCCAGCUACGUUCCAGCGUUGUAUGAACGAUUUGUUUAGGCCGUGGUUAGACAAAUUUGUCGUAGUUUACCUAGAUGACAUUCUAGUGUUUAGCAGGACCCUUGAAGAGCAUCAGGGUCAUCUCAAGCAGGUCUUGGAGAAGUUGAGGGAAGCUAACUUCAAGAUCAAUGCAAAGAAGUGCGAUUGGGCGAAGACCCAAGUUUUGUAUUUAGGCCACGUCUUAGACGGAGACGGCGUUAAGCCAGAGGAUAGCAAGAUCGCAGCGAUUAGAGAUUGGCCCACGCCACGUACGCUAACAGAGUUGCACUCGUUCCUGGGCUUGGCGAAUUACUAUAGGACGUUCGUGAGGAACUUCUCCGCCAUCGCUGCGCCCCUUCGCAGAUUGUUGAGAAAAGAGACCAUCUCGAAGUGGGAUAAGGACUGCACGUCUGCCAGGAAGAAGUUAAAGCAGGCGUUGAUAGAGUAUCCAGUCCUUAAGGUCGCCGACCCGUCCUUGCCCUUUGUCGUCACGACCGAUGCGAGUCAAUACGGCAUAGGUGCAGUGUUACAUCAAGACGAUGGCAAUGGGUAUAGACCCGUAGAGUUCAUGUCCGCCAGAAUGCCUUCAGAGAAGGUCGCGACAUCGACCUAUGAGAGGGAACUCUACGCUCUCAGGCAAGCCUUAGACCACUGGAAGCACUACUUGCUUGGGAGGCACUUCAAAGUCUAUUCUGACCAUGAAACGUUACGAUGGUUAAAGAUGCAGGCCAAGAUGACACCUAAGCUUACUAGGUGGGCCGCCGAGAUAGAUCAGUACGACUUCGAGCUCAAGCCUGUCAAAGGGAAGUACAAUGUAGUCGCGGAUGCUCUGAGUAGGAGGGCAGAUUACUUUGGGGCGAUAGUGCAUUAUCUCGAUAUAGGGAAGGACCUACAGCAGAAGCUUAGAGAGGCCUACGCGCAGGACCCUAUCUUUAGCGACGUCCUUAAGAAGGUCAAAGAGCCCGCAGAGACUGAGCCGAACUACCGCACUACUGAAGGGUUGCUAUUUGAGAAGACUAAUGUAUUUGACCGGUUGUGCAUUCCCAAUAGCGAAGAGAUCCGUAGUCUGAUCUUGGGAGAAUGCCACGACACAGAGGGUCAUUUUGGUUGGCAGAAGACUUUAGCCAACCUAAUGCGCGCAUAUACCUGGCCAGGGAUGAAGAAUGACUGCGUAGAGUAUGUUCGCAAUUGUAAAGUCUGCCAGCUUAACAAGACUUCUACGCGUGCUCCGUUAGGUCUUCUCAGACCCUUACCCAUUCCGGAUCAGCCGGGAGACUCGGUGUCCAUAGACUUCAUCGACACCCACGUCAAAAGCAGGCAUGGCAAGAGCCAAGUCAUGGUCAUAGUUGACCGCUUUAGCAAGUACGCAGUUUUUGUUCCUUUGCCUUCAGAGGCACGUACCGAUUUAGUCACACAGAGAUUCUUUGACUGUUGGGUUAGUGAGAACGGAAUCCCGCUGUCAAUAGUUAGCGAUAGAGAUAGUCGCUUCACCAGCCAGAACUGGCAAGAACUCAUGGGAGUGUAUGGAUCUAAGUUGUUGAUGUCGUCCGACCGUCAUCCAGAGACUAACGGCCAGACAGAGCAAAUGAACAAAAUCCUACAGCAAGUUCUGCGCAUGUAUAUUAGGCCAGAUCAGGUUAACUGGGAUGAGAUGUUGCCCAAAGUAGCUAGUGCGUACAAUAACAUCGUGCAUCUGUCUACAUGUCGCACUCCCGACGAACUGCACAAGUCCUUUAGACCGCGCAGACCGUUUGAGGGACUCAACCGGGAUCAGAUUCACAGAUUGCCGCCCGGGACCAGGGAGUUUGCUGUACAGCACGAGAAAGAACUAGCUACUGUUGUAGAGAACCUCAGAAAAGCCCAGCAUAGGAUGAUAGAGCAAGCGAAUAAACAUCAUCGCCCUUCACAAUUUCAAGUAGGCGACUUAGUCUGGGUUAGUUCUAAAGAGUUUGCGCCUGAGGAGAACAUCUCGCAGAAGUUACUGCCCACAUAUAGAGGACCGUGGCCUGUUCUGGAAGUCAAGGGCGGCGAAGAUGGACCGUCCUAUACGAUAGAACUCCCAGCACACCUCCACACGUACCCAGUUUUCCACGCAUCGAAGUUGCUACCUUGUCAAAUAAGUGAUCAGUUUCCAUCGCGUAGAUCGAUGAUCCCACCGGAUAUGGAUGGAAGGCAAAUUGCAGAGGAGUGGGAUUCCAAGCCUCACAUGGACAUGUGGGAUCAUCUCUACAAGUUUUUGAGAGAGCCUGUGCAAGGGGAAGUCAGGAUAGAUGAACACGUGGACACCCGGUGCCAAGAAGCAAGCCACGCGACAUACGCCGGCAGACUGGCGGACCUUGCAUGGUGGGGAUGUUCCACAUUUGCAGGAGAUCACCGUAGAGUGUUGGGAAUGUGGAGCACUGCGAUACUAGUGGAGUGGAACUGGGCAUCAAUGGACUUCGUCCAUUCGAAGCGAAGAAACGACCUCUCGACGGAGUCCUUCGAGAAGCUUGUUUACAUUCACUGGAACAUGCAGUUGCUGCGUGUUCCAGAUAUCAAGGACAAUGGCUGCAUCGAUGUGUGGGGAUCCUUCUUUGAGCCGUUGAUGGAGCCAGCAGCGGAAGAUGGAGCUUUUGAGGAGGCCACAGAGGAGGAGAAAGCGGACAAUAUCGAGGAGGAAAAGAGGCAACAGAGACUGAAGAAGAUUCCAAAAGACCGGAUUCCGAAAAGGCUGCUGGAUGACGACUCAAGUGAGAGCAGCGAUCUUGAAGGUCUCGUGUGGAAGGGGAAGUGUUGGAACGAGUCCACCUCCUAGGAGAGUAAAUGUAAGGAUGACAU